UUGGUAAUUAAAUACAUAUUAUAUCACACAACACCGAUCAUCUUGUGCAAAUUAAGGAGCUUUGUUGUGGUACAAAAUGUGGGUCCUUAGUUAUCAAUAAAUCGAAUAUAAAGAGCAUCUUUUGACGUCAAAAAUCCCUCAUAUAUUUACAGACAAUAUUAUGCUUCUUUACUUUGUAGUAGUUAUAAUUUAUGUUAUCGCUACUGUAACGACUUCCAGUCUUCAGGGCUCACAUAUUAUUACUCCCCAAGACUAUUAUGGCCUUCCUGCUGCUGCUCUUGCAAACAGUCCUCCGGCCUGUGGAAUGCCUUACAACCAACUGAACCUGGCUAGAAUAACAGCUGUUCAAAAUAUGAACACAGGGUCCACUUGUAAUUUGUGUCUCAAAAUUGUGAAUUCCAUGGAAACAACCAAGUUUAUCUAUGUACUAGCUGUUGACCUUGGAGGAAACGGACUAGACCUCAGCGUUCCCGCUUUCGAAUAUCUCUUUGAUCAGGGAUCGGAUCCUUCUCCUGCUAGCUGGUCUACAGUUAAUUAUUCGUUCUGUAUCGGUGUUUAUACCCCUGGAAAGGUUAACCCUAACCAAGGUGUUCAUGCUGGUUCAAUCAAGUCUAUCAAAACCACCAAACAGACUGCUAAAGCUAAAUUUAUUAAAAAAAAAGAAGCCUAUCCUAAAAGCACUAUUGAACGAACACAUACAUCAAAGAAUAAAACCGGUAGUGUCAAAAGAGGAAAAUAACCCGGGGUAAUUGGAAUACAUGGAGUAUGAUUGUCUAGAGUCAUUAAAAAAGGAAUGAUUGUACUUACUUGGAAACUGGAAAAGGAAAUAUAGCAUUGUUUGUCAUAUCAAAAAAUUGCACAAUAAAACAAGUCUAUUUUUUUUUUUUUAUAAA